GAAUUACGAAGAAGAAGUCAAGCUGUGUUGUGGCGGCUUCUAUUCCUGUCCUGAAAAAUAGAAUAAAAAUCAGUUUGUUACAACACUGUUUCUUUAUUGGAUCAAGAAACAUACAUGGUACCAGGAGUGGUGAUCACCACCACCCAGAGUCGUCAUGGAAAGUGUUAAACCGCCUGACGCUGUGAACUGGACGGGGAAUACUGAUUGUGAAUGGAGAACAUUUAAACAAAGACUUACGCUCUACCUGCAAGCAGUGGGCCUUGAUGGAGCGUCGGAUGCACGUAAAAUUGCACUGCUACUCACCAUCGCGGGACCUCAAUCUAUAGAGGUGUUUAACACGCUCGUGUUUGAACAGGCCGAAGAUAAAGGCAAAUACGAUGUGGUAAUUGAGAAGUUUGACUCACACUGCUCACUGAAAAAAAAUUAGACUUUUGAAAGGUAUGUUUUUCGUUCUCAUCUGCAGCAACAGGGAGAGACUUUUGACAGUUUCUUAAUAGAUUUGAAGUUGAAAGCAAGGACAUGCAAUUUCGGACAGUUGCAAGAUUCAAUGAUUCAUGACCAAAUUGUGUUUGGCAUCAAUGAUAAAAAAGUGAGGGAGAGGCUCUUGAGAGAGACAGAGCUUACCUUGAAUGGAGCUGUUCGGAUAUGUCAUGCCAGCGAGAUUGCUCUUCAGCAUGUUAAAACUUUCUAUGAAACCACAAAGACGAGUGGAAGUGACAGUUCAGCUGUAGCUGCAGUAACAGAGAAGAUGCAGAGAUGUGGAAUGAGUAAAGUGAAACAACAAAAGGAGAAAGAACUGUUUAACUGUAAGAGAUGUGGCAGAAAACACCCGCCAAAACAGUGCCCGGCCUACGGCAAAGUCUGUGCCAAAUGUAAAGGGCAGAAUCAUUUUGCCAAGCAAUGCUUUUCCAAAGGGAGACAGAGUCGAAAGGAGCAUGUACAUACGGUGGAAGAAACAGAUCUCAGUGACACAUUCGUUGUUGGAAUGGUAGAGCAGGCCGAUUCCAGUCAGGAAAGAACAGAGCAGACUGAUGUGAAUAGUGUUGCACAGGACAAGUGGAUGACUGCUCUGGAAAUAAACGGAGUAAUUGUGUCACUAAAGCUAGACACAGGAGCAAAAGUCAAUCUGAUUUCAGAGCAUGAUGUCAGAGCGAUGAAAAUCAAGCCACAUAUAAAUAAGAAAACGGUGCAACUCAAGGCCUAUAAUGGACAAAACAUCCCAACAAAAGGAACAUGCAGACUCAAGGUAAAAAUGAAAAACAAAGAGCAUCACCUCAUGUUCGUGGUUGUUCCAGGUGGACAUGAUUCUGUGCUGGGAGACAAGGCAUGUGAAGACCUAGGUCUGGUAAAAAGAGUAUACAUAAUAAAUAAUGGCGAAACACAGAACAAUGUGGGAAAUAUAGUGCAGCAGUUUCCUGACAUUUUUGAAGGGUUCGGAGAAUUACCAUUUACCUACAAAAUACAGUUGAAAAAAGACGCACAGCCAGUAGUCCAUGCCCCAAGAGGGGUUCCAGCACCUCUUCGUGAAAAGCUGACGCAAGAGCUGGAAAGAAUGACAUCAAUGGGAGUCAUAGAAAAAGUGGAAGAGCCUACAGACUGGGUCAAUUCAAUGGUGUGCGUGAAAAAAGCAAAUGGUGAUCUACGUGUGUGUAUGGAUCCAAAGGACUUAAAUGGCAACAUUCAAAGAGAACAUUAUCAAAUCCUGACACGAGAAGAAAUCAUAAGCGAGAUGGCAGGGGCAAAGUUCUUUACAAAGCUGGAUGCAUCUCAGGGCUUUUGGCAGCUGAAAUUACAUAAGGACAGUACAAGGUAUUGCACAUUUAACACUCCCUUCGGCCGAUACUCCUUCUUGAGGAUGCCGUUCGGUAUUUCUUCAGCUCCCGAGGUAUUCCACAGAGCCAUGGAACACAUAAUUGAAGACAUCGAGGGUGUGCGUGUUUAUGUGGAUGACAUUGUAUUGUGGGGAUUCACAAUGGAACAGCACAACAAAAGGCUCAUGGAUGUCCUACAGAGAAUACGGAAGUAUGGGCUGAAAUUGAAUAAGGACAAAUGUCAGUUUGGAGCAAAGGAAAUAACGUUUCUAGGAGACAAGCUGUCAGAAGGGGGUGUAGAACCAGAUAAGAGUAAAGUACAGGCAAUACUCAAAAUGCCCAGACCCACAGACAGAAAGGCUGUACUAAGAGUGAUGGGUAUGAUCAACUUCGUCGGAAAGUUCAUACCAAACUUGUCUUCAAAAACAGUGUACUUGAGAGAACUGUUACGUGACAAAGGGGACUUCAAGUGGACAGCUGAUCAUCAGCUGAUCAAGAAUGGGGACGAUUAAAGACU